AUGUUUCAAACUUUUCAGUCGUGGGCAUUGCGGAACUACGGGGACAGUGGGAAGACAAAAACGGUGACGAGAAGGAAAUACGAGCGUAUCAUUAAAAUAUUGAACGGUGAAGAACAAUCUACCGCGGAAAAUUCCAAAUUUCGUUUUUGGGUUAAGGCCAAAGGAUUUCGUGUCGGUGGUGACAGAGAAGAUGGAACCAUGGGCUUUUUACACGUGCCAACCAGAGGACACGGAGACGGAAUUGGGCUUGACAAGGGAUUCAAAAGAGUUGCGAUUGUGGAAGAUUUCUUCGACAUUAUAUAUAAUGUGCACGUGGAGAUGGACGGAAGAGGGGGAAAGCACGCUGGACAAAAACGGACGUACAGAGCGAUUGCUGAAACCUAUGCCUUCCUGCCCAGAGAGGCUGUCACCCGAUUCCUGAUGUCUUGCUCCGACUGUCAGAAGAGAAUGCAUUUGACGAGCGAGUCAAUAAACAACAACAACAACAUACCAGUGACUGCCAUGUCGGACGAUUCUCCUGCUAUAGACUUUAGUUUGCCUAUAACGCAGACAUAUCUCACCCGAAUGUGCAUCAACGACAAUAACGAGGUGCGAGGUUAUGAGAGGUUACAGGUGCGAGGUUAUGAGAGGUUACAGGUGCGAGGUUGUGAGAGGUUACAGGUGCGAGGUUGUGAGAGGUUACAGGUGCGAGGUUGUGAGAGGUUACAGGUGCGAGGUUAUGAGAGGUUACAGGUGCGAGGUUGUGAGAGGUUACAGGUGCGAGGUUGUGAGAGGUUACACGUGAGAGGCUGUGAGAGGUUACAGGUGCGAGGUUAUGAGAGGUUACAGGUGCGAGGUUAUGAGAGGUUACAGGUGCGAGGUUAUGAGAGGUUACAGGUGCGAGGUUUCGGGAGCCUGGAUCCAAACGUUACGCGCACGGAUAAACAGGGGAUAAGGGGAGUACAGGCCAGUGGUGCGUGCACAGACUCAGACAGGAUGUCAAAGCGAGGCGCAAAACAUUCCAAGGGGAAAGCUGAGGAUAGCAUGUCCAGUGAAGAAAGUGAAGUAAGCCGAGAUAGAAGUGUUUCCCCUCACACAGAGACUACCAGCAGUCCAUCCAACGGGCCAAAAACGGAAGGUGCCGAUGAAACGACCACAUCUCCGCUGAAUAUGGCCACAGGUACUAAAUGUGCGCGACUAGAGGAAGGAGUAGCAGCGGAGAAGCCCGUCCCAGCACCUCUAAUCACCCCAUCCUCUGAGCCAAGUAAUGCAUCCCCCGUUAAGGUAGAGGAACCCGUUGUAGAGAGGCUGCCCACAGAGAGGAUCGAAAGAAAACGACGAGCUAGCGAUGAAUUAAGCAUGGAUAGUUCAACAAAAGCCAGCGAGAGUGGAAAUUUGGAUGAGCUUCAGGCUGUGAGAGAUGAUGAUGAAGAUGAUGACAAUGAUGAUGACGACAAAGUUCUUCCUGGGCAGGAUAUUGAUCCAGAGCGUCUGAAGGCAUUCAAUAUGUUUGUGCGUUUAUUUGUGGACGAAAAUCUGGACAGAAUGGUUCCAAUCUCAAAGCAACCCAAGGACAAAAUUCAGGCUAUUCUUGAGGCAUGUGAUAGACAGUUUCCAGAAUUUCACGAAAGAGCUCGCAAACGCAUCCGCACAUACUUAAAAUCAUGUCGGCGAAUGAGACGAUCAAAGGAGCAGAACGGAUGGGAACCGCUAAGACCAACACCGCCUCACCUAACGUCAGCGGCUGCAGAAGGUAUCCUGGCACAGGCUUGCGAGAACGAGAGCAACAAUGCCAAGCGGAUGAGAAUGGGUCUGGACCCUUUACCUGCAGCAGCUAUGCACAACAGGGGCACGACAAGUUCUUCGGCCACCGCUCAACCAUCUCAAACUGCUCCUCCCCCUCCUCCUCCUCCCCCAGUUAGUCAUGGCCAAAGUCAACCAGCUGCGGAGCCCAUAGAUCGCCCCAUACCGCCUGUGACGGAUUUCUUGCGGCACACGCCUGCCACCUUUAGGCCGCCGCACGAUUUCCACCCACCUUUCUUCGCCAAUGGGAAUGGCCUGUUUCGACCAGGAUUCCCCACUGGGUAUCAGCCUCCCGCCCAUCAUCAUCCACAACUCUUGCAGCACCAGACGCUUCAGCACACUCAAGUGCAAAAUGGUAAAUGGCCCACGGAUUUGAGUUUAAAGAAACAGAAUUCCAAGAAUCAACUGAGCCCUAGUGAAGUUGCCACGAUUAAGCAGCUGAUAGCAGGCUACAGGGAAUCGGCUGCUUUCUUGUAUCGUUCUGCAGAUGAGCUGGAACAACUUCUGCUACAGCAGAACUAGUUUGGGACGUCCACAACCGGGACCUCGUCACAUCCGGUACCUCUUCACAUCUUGUUCACAAACAUGGAUGCCAGAUGCAAAGCACACACACACACACACAAUCAGUGAUAGAUUUGUACAAGUCGGUACUUAAAUAUUGGCUCUGGUGGAAAGAACUGUUUGCAUGCGACCUUGCGGCUAAAUCCAGUGACAGUUGUAUGGAUAUGAACUGACAAGUCCCUGAGCCCUCCCAUAGUGUGAUAUUGCUCAAGUCUGGUUUUUCUACGGUUUCACUGUGACAUAUCCAUGGACAGUUUCAGUUGCUAAGACAGUGUUAACGUCUUGUUACCAGGUCAGUGAAUUCAAGUGGUGCCUUGUCCACUUGUUAGAAACAAGGCGUAUUUUAUCAACAAUCAGAACGCUUUGCGUAAGUGUUGUUGUUGUUACAAUAUCAUUCAUCCGCUAAAUUAAUCAGCUGUCUUUUAUCCAUACAUUUGGGUGUCAUCCAGAAAAUAUUCAUUUGUGCAGAGUCUGAUGCGGUCCCCAUAACACCAUUCUGUCACUGGUGAGCGAUUUAAUUGGGCCAGCUAACGAGCAUAUGCAGAUUCUGAGCAAAAUCCUUAAUUGUUUGUUCUACAAAACUACUCUAAGAACUGUUUAUGGGAAAUGUAACAUGGCCUACACCGGAAAGAGAAUCUUCGCUUUGAAGUCACAAAUGAGUCUAAGACGUAUAAAAUAUAUGUUCCUCACAGAGUUUGUGUAGAUGUCGACUUUGCAGUGUGGACAACUAUUUGACCUUUUGUGACAAUGAGCUAAUCGAGACAGUCAAUUGGCAAGGCUGCAUAUAUUUAUCACUUGUUUUCAUAUUCAUGCCUUGGUGUGACAUUUAGAGGAAACGAAAGAGUGCUACUACCGGUAAGUGUAUUCAAACAAGAGUCGAUCACAAGGAAUUUUUGACAGCAUUGUGUGUCCAGAGGCAUGCUCAAGUUGGUGAUUUUGUUCGAUAUAGUGCGAUUCCUUUAUCAGUUCUAUUUGUAACACAACAAUUACGUGACAUUCCGAGUCCAGAUAUACACCGGAGGAUUUAAGUCUAUUUUAUUUGUUUUAAAUGAUAAUGAGAAUUGUGUAUAAUAUAUUCAUAUACAUCUGUCUAUUUUAUAUAAUUUCCUUUUCAACUUUAUUCACCAUUCCUUUUAUUGUAUGAAGCAUAACUAUUGAAAAGCUACUUCUUUGGGGAAAUACGAAUUGAAAGAAGAAAUUGAAAGACUAAACAAUUUUCCACCAUAGAGGUAAUUGUGUUGAUUUACUGAAAUGAUUUAUCUGAAAAGAAUUGAUUUUAUGUACAUUGGGACUAAUAUUUCUAGUCAUUCGGGAAUGGUUGUGACCUUGAAAUUAGGUAACGUUAGAGGGGGUGAUACCUUUGAUUGAAUGGUUUCUAU